CGCGUUCAAUUCAAAACACACUCAACUCUCAUCUAUAAAAACAUUUUUUUUUCAGACCAAUAAUCACAAGCACCAUAUUCACAUCCAUACAUCAAUUGUAAGAACCAUCAAUCUUCUAGAAUCUUCUCUCGGUUCUCAAUGGCACGUACAAAACAAACAGCUCGCAAAUCCACCGGCGGCAAGGCUCCCCGGAAGCAGCUAGCAACAAAGGCCGCUAGGAAAUCCGCUCCGGCGACCGGCGGAGUGAAGAAGCCACACAGGUUCAGACCAGGAACCGUUGCCUUGAGAGAGAUCCGUAAGUACCAAAAGAGCACCGAGCUUCUUAUCCGAAAACUUCCAUUCCAACGUCUUGUUCGUGAAAUCGCUCAGGAUUUCAAAACGGAUCUGAGGUUCCAGAGCAGUGCCGUUUCUGCUCUUCAGGAAGCUGCUGAGUCUUACUUGGUUGGACUGUUUGAAGAUACAAACCUUUGCGCUAUUCAUGCAAAGAGAGUCACCAUCAUGCCUAAGGACAUUCAGCUUGCAAGAAGAAUCAGAGGAGAGAGAGCUUAGUUUGUAUCUACUACAAUUUCAAUUCCUAAAUUUUAAAUUUUGUAGGCCUAAAAUUAGUGUGUGAAUUUUAAAUAGUGUGGUUAUGUUAUUUAGUUUUUUUCUGCUUUAGUUUGAUAUGUACUUGUGUUUUCUGCUAAUCAGAUCUGUUUCUGCUUA